AUGGAAUGUAAUGCACGUGAAAUAAGCAAUGCCGUCAUGAUAGAAUCACUGGAUACUAUAAUUCAACAAGAAAGUAGGAAACUCGAGAAGGAUAAAAACACUGGGUUGCUAGCUAAGAAAUCUAAAGUCAUUAAGGUACAACAACAAUUGAUGAAAGAAAAUGAUAAUAUAAUUGAAGAAAAUUUACCUCUCUUUAAAGCUUUAAAAAACCAUUCAUCUAAACAGAAUCAAUCAUGCGACAGAGUGAAUGAAAUCGAAAGGUUGGCGAACUUAUUUACACAAUCGCCUAGUUUCUUUACAAAGGAUAACAGUAACCAUUGUAUUGAUGUCAAACAUAAUCAAGUAUUAUUAAAAGACAAAAUGCCUAUAAAAGCACACAAUGAAGUCAAUAAGUAUAAAGCUAAGCCAAUAAAUAGGGACAACACAAACGAUUUAAUUUCCCCAGGUAUCAAGGUGAGAAGAAAUGUACGAUUUGGAGAAUAUUCACCGCUUAAUCCAGCCAAUCAAGUGGAUUCACAACCUUUCUUAGGAAUUGGAGAAUAUGAUGAUAAGAAAAAAAAACUGUUAGAGUUACAAAGGAAGGAGUAUGUAGAAUACUUAUCAAAGGUAAAACAAGAUAAGAAUACUUCAGAUUUACCAAAACUAACUGGUUAUUCAUGUGAAGAAGCAUUUAAAACUGCCAUGGAAAAUAAUAACAGUUCUGACCAAGUAGAAAGCAAAGAAGUAUUCAAUCAGAAAGCGACAAUACAACGAUCUACCUUUAUAGAUGGAGCUGAAUCAUGUGCAUCUGAUGAAGAAAGGAAAAAGGAAACUAAUAGAUUAAAACAAGAACUUUAUAGAUUUGAUUUAAGUAAACAGAUAGAAGAGAAAAGAAGGUUGGAACUAGAACAAAAACGUAAAGAUCAAUUGGAAGAUGAAGCCAUUGAAAGAAUGGCAAGGGAACAGGAAGAAAAAAUGAAGAUGGAGUUUGAGAAAGAAAAUGAGAAACGAACUUUGGCACAACUCCAGAAACAACUUCAACAAGAAAAGUUAAAAAAUGAAAUAAUGCAAAAGCAAAAGGACUUGGAAACAAAAUCAUGGAACGUGCCAUCCGAAACUGUCUCCCGACAAUUAUCAAAACACGCACCAAGUCGCCAUGAAUCGUUUGAAGACAAUGAUGCAGAAGAGUUUCACUGUCCUCCUCAGAGUACUUUUGACAAUGUACCUUUACCAACUACACGUGUUCGAGCUCCUAGAAAAAUAGUUUAUGAUGAAGACGACACAUCUGUAAACAGAAAAACUUUGAGGGAUGUUUCAUGCAACACAGAUGCAUUUAAAAAUCCAUGUAUGAACCAGAACAUUUCCCCUACAGUAAUGAGUCAAAAAAUGGAAAGAGCUCAUGUGACUUUUGCAAGUGAUCCUCCUAUGAAUAGAACAGAGUAUAAUCCUGCAGCUCUACUGCCAGUUACAAAAUCUGUGAUCAUAGAUUCACCACUUACACUUGCAUUGGCUGGAUUACGAGACAGUGAAGAAGAUGAUAGAACUUGUGAAGCUAUUGAGCCUACUGAAGCAGCAUAUAGAAAUCAGGUCUCAAGAGAUGCAAAACUAGGAAAUAACCAUGAGUUGCCGACUGAUAAACACUUAUUAUCAAACUUAGGAAAUAUAAGGAAACAACUAGAUAUAGAACAUCAAAAAUUAAAACAACAAGUUCGAAGAUCCCAAUAA